UCCCCUCCACACACACACAUACCUACCAGGUAUUCGUUUAACAUUUGCCCAUUAACGAUGACGAUCACGACUCGUGCUUGCUUGCUUUCCCGAUGAGAUGGGACCACUUUUUCCCAUUCAAUUCGGACUGCGGACUUCGGGCCGAGGUUGAGGGUUGAGCACCGGGGCAGGUUAGGGUUGAACAACUUACAGGGUGCGCCCAUCAUCAUCAUCAUCAUCGCAGCGGGUGUCGCCACUCGCUUGUCUGCUUGUUUGUUUGCAUAGCUAUCUCCGUGAAACAGCACAGCACAGCACAACACAGCACAGCACAUUCACGCAGAUACCCGCGACGCACAUACCUCAUACAUACCUUAUAUUUACCCACGAUCCACGUCCACAUCACCAUCGUCUCGCACCCCCGCCGCCGCCACUCUGCCUCCUCGCCCAUCCCCACCUCACCCCACCUCACAAAAUGCUCCUCCUCGGCCUCACCGGCUCGAUCGCGACCGGCAAAUCGACCGUCUCCUCGUACCUCUCUUCGACGCACGAUCUCCCCAUAAUCGACGCAGACCUUCUCGCGCGCUCCGUGGUGGAGCCUGGUACCUCCGGAUACCGGCAGAUCCUGUCUGCGUUCUCAGCUUCGACGCCCGGGCUGGUGGGCAUUGCGGGGGGGCCGCUCAACCGCGGCGUGCUGGGGAAGCGAGUAUUUGGCGACUCCCCCGAGCGCGUGCGGGACCGGCACGUGCUCAACGGGAUUAUCCAUCCGCUGGUGCGCAGGGAGAUUGCGCGCGAGGUGGUAAAGGCCUGGUGGAGCGGCGCGUGGGCGGUCGUGCUGGAUGUGCCCCUGCUCCUCGAGGCACGGUUGGAGAGUGUGUGUGGUGCUGUUGUUGUCGUCGGCGUGGGCGAGGAGUGUCAGCUCCAACGGCUCAUGCGGAGGGAUGGAAGUACGGAGGAGGAGGCGAGGAAGAGGGUGAAAAGUCAGUGGAGCGUCGAGGAGAAGGUCGCGCUGGCGAAGGGAGUUUUUGGAGAGAGGGCGUGGGUCGUCCAGAAUGAGGGCACGGUUGAGGAGUUGAAGUUGCAGGUUGAUCAGGUGGUGCGGGAGAUUAGGAGGGGCAGGGUGGGGCCGUGGAGGUGGGUUUGGGGGAAUCCUAUUGUGGGGGUGCUGCUGGGUACGUGGAUGGUCGCGCUGAAUUGGUGGAGGAGGCGGCAGUGGGAGGCGAAGACACGGGAGGGGAAGGCAAAGCUGUGAGGUGCUGGCUGCUGGCUGCUAUACCACUUGCUUUUUUUUAUGGAUAUGUACGGUAUUCUGGGUUUGCUUUUCGUACGGUACGGUGUGGGGAUGAUGGGUCUAUAGGGUUUUCAUUUAUGGCGGAGAAUCAAUC